AUGUCUUCGCGUCGUUUUCACAAGAAGUCACGUACAGGAUGUACGUCAUGUCGUUCGCGCAGAAUAAAGUGCGACGAAAUGCGUCCAAAUUGUGCCAACUGCCAACGAGCAGAUUUGUCUUGCCAUUAUGUUCUGCGAAUGCAAGAAUCCACUUCAUCGGCUCGAAGAGUCAAUAUUGAGCAGAAUAUUUCUCCCGCCAGUCCUCAAGCACAGGCUGCGCCUGACCGAAAGGGAGGGGAAUUUGAUUUGCUGGACCUAAGAUUAAUGCACCAUUUUACCCUGGUCAUCUCAGCUUCCCUUUUCGAGGACCGUCAACAGAGUCUAUGGCAGGAAGAAGUUCCAAUUCAAGCGGCUUCGUGUCCACUUCUUAUGCAUGGUAUAUUGGCUAUAUCCGCUCUCCAUUUGGCAUUGUCCAAGCUGGAAGAGGUUUCACUGCAUUUCGACCGGGCGCUAUAUCACCAUACCCUCAGUCUUCAGAUAUUUAAUCGCGAGAUAACAGCUUCCAAUUCCUCGAAUGUGCAUUUGCACUUUGCAUUCAGCAUAUUGCUCAUUGUCUGGGCUUAUGGGUCAUCAGCUGCAGUGGAUGACCAGUAUAUACAGCUAGACAGCCUCCUGGGCUCACUGGAGCUGGUACGUGGGUGCAAAAGCAUGUUUGAACUCCACAGCGAUGAUAUCAAAAACCAAGAAAUCGGUCGAUUCCUCGGGCUUCAUGCUUCAGCGACCAAGAGAGACUUGUCGAGUACGACUCAACAUGCGUUCGCAUGCUUGCGCUCUAAGGCAGAGGAUUUCAUUGACACUAUGGCAAUAGACCAUAUGGAACGCCACAUACAAUUUGUCGGAAUUGCAUGUGAUAUACGAUCUGUAAUAGGCUGGCCAGCCGUCCUUGACGAUACUUUCUGGGCUCGGAUCAGAGCGUAUAAGCCUGUUGCAAUGUUGAUACUGGUGCAUUACUGUAUGCUUCUUGACACAUGCAAAAAUCAUUGGUGGAUAGCAGGUUGGUCCGGCCGUCUUAUUAAAGCUGUGGAAAGAGUCCUCCCCGACUCAGAAAAACGCCGGCUUGAUUGGGCGACCCAUAUAACUUGGAUUCGGGAUGAGAUCAUAAAUUCUGCUUGACUCCAGUUCUCAUUCUGAUAGCC